AUGCGUGACUUCGACGUAUCGCGCACGGCUGCGCUCAUCGGCAUAACGCUUUACACGCUCGGACUCGCGUUUGGUCCAAUAGUCACUGCACCACUUAGCGAAAGAAAAGGCCGAAAAGCUGUCUAUCUGGUGUUCUUCCCUAUAUUCAUGCUGUUUACUCUCGGCGCAGGCUUCUCGAAAACAUACGCGGGCCUGGUCGUGUGUCGAUUCUUCGCAGGAUUGUUUGGAAGUCCAGCACUUGCUGUUGGUGCUGGAACGAAUGCCGAUUUGUUCCCACCGCAUAAGCGCGCCUUGGCCACGAGUUUCUACUUGAUGGCUCCUUUCGCUGGGCCGUCCAUUGGACCCGUGGUUGGAGGGUUCGUGGCGCAGUACAAGACUUGGCCGUGGACGCAAUGGUCCAUUCUUUUCCUUGCGGUGGCUGUGUAUGCCACAUCUAUACCAAUGGAUGAGACUUACAAGCCUAUCAUCUUGAAGAGGCGAAUGAAGGAGAACGGAGUGCAAAAGAAACAAGAAAAUGGAGAUAUCAAGAGCGAGAUCGUUCUGAGGUUCAUUCGGCCCCUUCACAUGCUCUCAACAGAGGUAUGA